CCGGUGUAUGUCGGCGAUGAGAUGGAGCGAUUGGUGGUGAGCGCGGAGCCUGACGUCAAUAUUUAUCUUCCAAUUUUCAGAUGUGGAUGGUGGCGGUGACGGAGACACCGCGGCAGCGGAUGGAAGGGAUGGGGAUUUGAGAGAUGUGUUUGAUGUGCCACGGUGGUUCUGGAAGUGUGAAGAGCAUUACGAAUUAUGCGCUGGCCUUCAAGAGAGAUGCAGAAUCACUGGAGAAGCUAAUGGAUGCCACGAGGGAAAAGUUGUCGGACACCAUGGCUGCCGUUCGAUUAUUUGUGGUGGAGAUCAGCGACUUGACAAUGGAGCUCAGUGACAAUGGUUCUGAUUCGAAACUAUUCUGCUUCAGAUCUCGCGAGCUCGUGGAGGUGACGAAAUCGUCCAAGGAUCUGAGGCACAAUGUGCCGGCGGUGUUGGAGGUGGAGGUGGAUCCGAGCGGUGGACCUAGGAUACAGAAUGCGUCGAUGGAGCUGUACAGGAGAAAGGAGGAAUCCGCGAAAAUCAAUAUCACAAGUUGUUGA